CGGUGGACGACAGUAGUCCCGGCGUGAGACAGCGGUGCUGGUGUUUCUACUCAGACGAAGCGGCAGGGGGCGUGGCUAACACUCCGUACAGCAGCGACCCUGCGCGGAGAUGAAGAGGAGGCUAAACAAGAAGUACCUGCUGCUGAUCCUGGCCUACACCGGACUGCUGCUGUUUCUGCCCUACGUGCUUGACUCUCGGGACCGGGCGACCCGGCCGGCGGCGCAGCUCCAGCCCCGCUGCCCGGAGUUGGAAUUGCCGUGGGAGGACGCUGGGGGUCCCAACGGCAGCGAGCCGGCGACCGAGCCCGCCUCUAACCGCAGCCAGCCACGGAUCCAUGUCUACCUGCACGCCACCUGGAGGACCGGCUCCUCCUUCUUGGGCGAGCUGUUCAACCAGCACCCGGACGUGUUCUACCUGUAUGAGCCCAUGUGGCAUAUCUGGCAGGCGCUGUACCCUGGGGACGCGCAGAGCCUGCAGGGUGCCGUGCGCGACAUGAUGAGUGCACUCUUCCGCUGUGACUUCUCGGUGCUGCGGCUGUACGCGGGCGGGCAGAACGUGAGCAGCGCUUUCAUCUUCGGCUGGAAGACCAACAAGGUGCUUUGCUCCGAACCGCUGUGCCGCGCGCACCGGCGCCACGAGGUGGGAUUGGUGAAGGAGGAGCUGUGCGCGCAGUGUCCGCGAAGGGAGCUGCGCGAGCUGGAGCGCGAGUGCCGGAAGUACCCGGUGAUGGUGAUCAAAGGUGUGCGUGUGCUGGACCUGGGCACGCUCGUGCCGCUGAUGCGGGACCCCAGUGUGAACCUGCGCGUCGUGCAGCUGUUCCGGGACCCGCGCGCCGUGCACAACUCGCGUCUGAAGUCGAAGCACGCUCUGGUGAAGGAGAGCAUCCAGGUGCUGCGCAGCCGCAGACAGAGCGACAGGUACAAGCGGUUGCUUGCGCCCGCGAACCGUGCGACGCGCGCGGAGAGCUACGUGUCGGGCGCCCUGGAGCUCAUCUGUGACGGCUGGUUGCGCGACCUGCUGCUGCAGCUGCGCGCACCGCCCUGGCUGCGCAGCCGCUACCUGCGCCUGCGUUACGAGGACCUGGUGCUGAGGCCGGCCGAGCAGCUACGCAGGCUGCUCCGCUUCGCUGACCUGCCCGCGUCUGCCGCGCUCGAGAGCUUUGCGCUCAAUAUGACACGCGGGCACGGCUACUCUUCCGACAGACCAUUCCUCAUCUCCUCCCGCGACGCCAAGGAGGCUGUCCACGCCUGGAGGGAGCGGCUGAGCGUGGAGCAGAUCAGUCAGGUGGAGGCGUCCUGUGGCGAGGUCAUGAGGCAGCUGGGCUACCAGAAGACGCAUGAGGAGGACACAGCGUCCUGACAGAGCUGUGGGCCUAGGGUCGUGGUGUUCAGUCUGAGGUCAGAAGGUGGUCUAACUAAACAAGCAACUGGAAUGUGUUCCUUGAGGAGUUCUCAGGCGUGACUCGAGGACGGUUUUCCUUCGGCCGAGCCGGGCUGAUGAACUGGAGAAAAUCUGAGCAAAAGAGCAGCCAAUCACAGGCGGACAAUUUGGAACAAGGAGGCGGCGGCUCAUUUUUCCUGGUUUCUGUUGGACACCAGCCCUGCACGCCCCGGAUGUUCCUCCUCAGGAGGUGACUGCCAAGAUCAGAGCGCCGGCUUCGCUGUCACCUGUGUGACUCAUCUGUCUGGCUUGCGACUCAGCGUGGCAGAGAUCGCCAGUGUUUGUGGUACUCACUAAUAGCACUAAUGUAGAGCAGUGAAGAAGAACUGCAGUAUUUUGGAGAGGCUACUCUCCUCUCUAACCCUCCCCCCGGCCUCUCAGGAAUGUGCACUUCUCUGACAAAACACUCACAUGGGUGUAAGAUUCCUCCGUCCUCACACAGUGUAGGGUGCAGGGCCCUGUUGUUUUCUUCGAAAAUGCUGUAAAUGUUGUAACCCAAGCCUCCAGAAGGGCUUUAGUGUUUGAGAUACCCCUCUCACCUCCAAACCUCCAGCAGCUUCUGUGCACAGACAGAGGUGGAUCCAGGUCUGCAGCCCUGCAGCCAGCUCACGGAGCCAGACAGACAGAAAGCUGAAUUUUUUUUUGUGUAUUUAAAAAGUGGAUUCACUGUUACAGGAUUCGUACAAACAGUUUGUUACGUGUGUACACUUGGAUUUGGCCGUGGUUGGUUCAGCGACCAAUGAGCUGUUGUAGCUCACAAGGUUAAAUACUGUGGAGCAGAAGGGCAGGUGGGAGGUGGAGCACCUAAAGAUUUGAUAAUGGAAGCUCACACAGCAGCACAGUCUGUGAGCAAAGUCCGCUUUACUUUCCUCAGCUAAUGUCCUGCGUAUGUCUUUGAAGACAUGACUCGGUGGUAGGGGUAUCUCAAAGUCUUGGGAGGUUGCCCCCACCUCCCAUAUGUGAGGCUCAGAGGUUGUUUCUGUACUUUUUGUUGGCACUGAAAGAAAAAUAACUUCAAAGCGACUCAAAGAAUAAAAAGCUGACACACUCCAUAAAGAGUUUGUGUAUGAUUGUUAAUGCUAAGCCACAUUAUCUGUAGGUUCAUUUAUCAGCACGUCAAAGUUCAUUCAUAUUCAUUUGUUUGGCUGUUCUGGUUGAACUGAAUGGACACAAACUCAUCUCCAGCUCCAAGUUUCUGUUCUCGGACUCUUACAGAGCAGCUUAGCAUAACUCACAAAAUAAUCCUUCUUUAUCUGAUACCAGGCCUCAGGUCACUCUCUGAAGCAAGCUCAUUUAGCUCCUCCCAGUUUGAGGGCUUCCUGAUUGAAUGCCCAUCAAAAACAGAAGCAUGAAAUGAGCAUAUAAGGACGGGAAUAUUCGGUGUAUCACAGUAGCACAAGGUACUGAAGCCGGAGAGAAGGGAUUAGCUCUGUUAGCACGUGAGCUUCACAUUACUGAGAAGAUCCAAAUCAAUCCUGAAAGAUGCAAAUGAUUUUGUUAUUUUACUGCCACGAUUACAACAUAAGUGCAGGCGGCCUGUGUGAUAUGUGGGUGUUCCAACAUGAACGUCCUGCUUGAUUACCGCAACUCAGAAUAAGCUGCAUCACUCUGAUGCACUCGGGUUAAUAAUACAACAGGACUCAAUAUGAUCUCGUGAAAUAUUCAACUCAUAAACUGGAUAGGUCAUCAGACUUUACACUUUGAUCUCAAAGGAAGUGAAUCUUUUUCUUUUUUUUUUUUUGAGAGCAUCGUGAAAACAGGUCAGCUGUGUUUUAAUAACAUCACAUAUCAGACAGUGUUUACACCUUUUUCAUUUCCCUGACUGAAUUUUUAUUUUGAAUGCCCGAAAAUAUCUGCGUGUUCAAAAAUACACCAAUCUCCUGCCUCCCAAUCUUCUGACACACACACACAGCCACAAACACGGAGUGCGAGUGGAUUUGUAAACACCACAAAAUGCGGCAGCACUGGGUAAGAACUUAAGAUUUUAUUGACAUGCUGACAUGCAGACCACAGUGGAUGCAGACGGGCUGCAGAGCUGCUACUAAACACAACAGUUGCAUACAUUGACAGUUAGGCUACGCAUCACAUUUCUCACGUACUCCUGCCGACACGGGAAGGUCAGAGACGGUCUUGCUUGCUUCCCACGUCCUCGCAGAGAGUGCGCCGAACAUGCCAACUGCCUUUAGGACUCGUGCAGAGCAGCACGCUCACAGUUUAGUGCGCUACCUUUCACAUGACAGAGGGAACAUGGCUCCCCCAUGAGCUCACCUACACAGUCUCACACCAGCGUCAGUGAACCCUCCCUGCAGAGCUCGGCUUACAGAAGCACACUCGUUUCCUGCUGUGCAUCUGAAAGCCUCAUGCUAAGCUGGGAGCCGUGCUUUUCACACCUGCUCCUGCGCAUGCACACACCAGCGCAGCAACCACAGCGGGGCCAUGAGCGCAGUGAAUUCUAAACAGCUGUGGUUCAGC